CUUGUAUUGGAAAAUAUAGGGGUGCUGUGUCUAUCUCGUUGACAUUUAAUAGGUGUUCUGUGUCUUGUGACCUGAGGGGGGCAGCAAUGCACUGACCGUGCCUAGCCUGCCGACAACCAAGAAGAAGAAGAAGAAAAAUGACACGACGAAGAACGCGAGGCUAAUGUUUUACGUGUUUGUUUUUUGUUUCCUUUAGGCAUAAUUAGCAGUUAUUUUAAAGCAACAACGUCUUUAUGUUACAGAUUAUUGACAUCGUUUGUCCAAUCAUUGUAUUUUGUUCGGAAAAAGCAUAAGCCAGGCUGUCCAGCCAUGACACGGUGGGCACGAGCCAACAAUGUUCAUAAACACAAACCAGCCGAUGCCACCCCAUGGAGUCAGCUCAGAGCAGCAACAGGUCACCGUAACACCCCAGGAGCUUCUGCAGGAGAUAGACAGAGAUACCAGAAGGACCAUUUGAGGAGGACGCAGCCUAGCGGCUCGGCUGUGAGAAAACCCAACCGUAAGAAGAAAGAGUAUGUCAGUGAGGAUGUGAAUGGUUUCUUGGAUUAUCUGAAGGAUAAAGGACAACCGUUGCCUCAAGGAGAUAACGGAGGGAGCGUGGAAGACCAGGGCCUCAGGGAAGAGGUGGCAAUUGCCCUGAAAAAAGACAAGAGAAGAGAGGACAGAAGGAUAAAGAGGCAGAGAGACAAGAACAACAAAAUGAUUUGUUUUAACUGCAGAAAGCCGGGCCACGGCCUCACAGACUGCCCAGAGGCUGACAGAGAUCAGGAGAUGGGCAGAGGCAUCUGCUACCGCUGUGGCUCAACGGAACACGAGAUUCAAAAAUGCAAAGCUAAAGUGGACCCUGCACUUGGGGAUUACCCGUAUGCAAAGUGCUUCAUCUGCGCUCAGACUGGCCAUUUGUCAGCUUCUUGUCCAGACAAUCCUAAAGGACUGUACGCAGCAGGAGGUUGUUGUCGCGUUUGUGGAUCAGUGGAACAUUUCCAGAAAGACUGUCCGGAGCACCAGGCUUCAAGUAACUCUGUGACAUUGGACUGGUUGUCCAACAAUAUGAGUGCAGACUACGAGGCCGUGCAUGUUCCAGUGAAAAAAGUCAAGCCUAAACAACCUAAGGUAGUGGUGUUCUGAGUUACCAAGGAGACGACACACACCCUGUAGAUGGACAGCAUGGAUGAAAC